AUGGUAAACCCAGAGAAAUCGGCCAAUGUGCCAGUUCCUGCCAGUGAAUCGGCCCACAAUGCUCAAACUGUCACAACAGAACAACCUCCAACGGCAGGGACACCUGCUAUGCCUGCACCGGAAUCAAGCGCUCCAGAAGUAACAAGGUCGCCAGAAGAUCAGGCCAUCACACCCGCAACGGCACCACCAACAUAUGAAGACACCCAAAAAGAAGCCGUAACCGCCCCAGCAGUCGCUGUGACCAACGGGGAAGACCAAAUAGAAGCCACCCGCACUGCCCCAACAUACCCAAGCUACGAUGAGAAAGUUGCAAUGAAUGCCGAAGUCCCAAUCAACACCCAAGUCCAACCAGACCCAAGGCUCACACCCCUCGAAAAGCUACACGAAGACCCAAAAUUGAUUAGUUGUCCCUUCUGUAAUCAGAAUGCCAUGACCAGAGUGAAUAUGGAGAGUACGAGCUCUACGUCAAUGGCUGCUGUCUGCUGCUGUCUGUUCGGAGGUAUUAUCUGCGCUUUCUUGCCCUAUUGUAUGCAGAUGUGCCAUGAUGCCCAUCACUUCUGUACGAGUUGUGGGCAGAAGGUUGCUUAUGCGCCGCAUGAUGCUCCUGUUCAGGUUUUCGGACCUUUGAAUCCUGGCAGCGUGGUUGUGCCACCUGCUCCGGUGAAGGCUCCUGAGGCUGUUGCGAAGAAUUAG